AGUAACAAUGAACAUGACUCAAAACAGCUGGUAACAUGGGGAUUCCACACAAGGUAGUGAGGGCGACGUGGCACACAGGAGGAUCGGCACGAACAGGGCAUGACAAACUGUAUAUUGUGUUUACUCAAGUUGCCCUUUGUAUUGUACUAAAUUUGUCUGGAGAUCAGAAACAAUGAAGUGAUAGAAUAAGAAUAAAAUGAUGGUAUCAGGAAAUAUUUUUUCACAGCACUGUAUAUAGCUAUUAUCUUAGUUGCCUACAUUACAAACAUACAUUUGACAUCCUGGAUGACAUGUCAAAGAGACAUUCUUGAGAGCUCCUCCCAUUGCUAAGAAGAAAAUGUUCAAAACACUCCUCAUUCAGGCCAGAUAGAAGCUCGUUCUUUAGGCGUGUAAAGAAGGUCCCAUUAAUAGGGUCAAAAGGGAAAGAAAAUGCUGUAUUCCUUCCUGUUAUUGGGAUGUUUCAGCUUAACAGUGGGACAAAUGACCACAACAAAUCAAUUUUCAACAAGGCGACCCUCAAUGAUGAAAAAUACAACACCACCUUCAAGGACAACUGAGGCAACAUCAAGAGACACCACUUCAACACAACACUCAGCAAAAAAUUCAACAACACCCUCGAUCACAAGUGUGAUACCCUCAACAAAUACCAUGUCAACAACAAAUGCAGCAAUAAAUUUAGCAACAAAUGUGGCACAAAAAAAAAGCACCACUUUAGCACCAACGACAAUCGAAACAUCAUCCCCAAUACAAAUAACCACUGUGCCGACAACCACAGUGCCAAUCACAACACCAACUGCAGCACAAACAAGAACCACAUUACCUUCAACCACAGUACCAAUCACAACAACAGUACAAAUAACCACUUUACCUUCAACCACAGUGCCAAUAACAACAUCAACUACAAUACAAACCACAACCACUUCAAUCACGAUGCCAAUCACAACUGCAGUACAAACAACCACUUUACCUUCGACCACAGUGCCAAUAACAACAUCAACUCCAGUACAAACCACAACCACUUCAACCACAAUGCCAAUCACAACUACAGUACAAACAACAACCAGUUCAACUACAACCACAGUACCAAUCACAACUACAGUACAAACCACCACUUUACCUUCAACCACAGUACCAAUCACAAUAUCAACUCCUGUACAAACAACAACCACUUUACCUUCAACCACAGUACCAAUAACAACACCAGUACAAACAACCACUUCAACUGCAACCACGAUGCCAAUCACAACUACAGUACAAACAACAACCAGUUCAACUGCAGCCACGAUGCCAAACACAACUACAGUACAAACCACCACUUUGCCUUCAACCACAGUACCAAUCAUAAAUGCAGUACAAACAACCACUUCAACUGCAACCACGAUG